AUGCAUUUACCUGGUCGGCAAGCAACCUCUGGGAAAUGCCGAGGGAUCUCCGUCCACGUGGAAGCUGCCUCAGACAGCCAAAAACCACAAAAACGGACAGGCCAGGCACUUGCUCUUGCAGAUCGAUCACUCGCAGGGUUCGUGCUCCCGGGUUUGAGUGAGGGAGCAAGGUUCGGAGCUGCGAUCCCGGGUGCGACCUCCGUGCGGCGCUGGCGCCCUGGGUCGUUGCAGCUAAGCCAUGCGGCCGCGGGGUGCCGCUGCCGAGGCGGGUUCUUUGUUCGGUUGUCAAUGGCAGGCCGGUUUGUUUACUUCCGGGUUGGUGGCCCGCUCCACGCGAGCCCCGGAGCCGGUGCUAGGGACAUGGCGGCGGAGCCCGAGGUGCCGGAUUCUGGAGCUGUUUUUACAUUUGGUAAAAGCAAAUUCUCAGACAACGUUCCCAGUAAGUUCUGGCUAAAAAAUGACAAAGCUAUCUCAAUCAGUUGUGGGGAUGAGCAUACGGCAUUUGUAACUGAAAAUGGCAAGUUAUAUAUCUUUGGGAGCAACAACUGGGGUCAACUAGGUUUGGGAACAAAGAACACCAUCAACAAACCCACUUGUGUCAAAGCAUUGAAAUCAGAGAAAGUGAAGCUAAUUGCCUGUGGGCGAAACCAUACAUUAGUUUGCACCGAACAAGGAAAUGUUUAUGCUGCUGGUGACAACAGUGAAGGACAGUUGGGCCUGGGACACACUGAGGAAAGAACAGCAUUUCAACGUGUAGAGUUCUUCACAAGUCAGAAAAAAAUCAAACAUUUGGCAGCUGGAUCAAACAUCUCGGCAGCUUUAACAGAGGAUGGGAAGCUCUUUAUGUGGGGUGACAAUUCUGAGGGACAGAUUGGUCUUGAUACUAAAAGCAAUGCCAGUGUGCCACACCAAGUAGAUGUCGGAAAAUCAAUUAGCUGGGUUUCCUGUGGAUAUUACCAUUCUGCCUUUGUAACAGAUGAUGGACAUCUCUACACCUUUGGAGAACCUGACAAUGGAAAGCUGGGAUUACCACCUGAUCAGCUUAUAAAUCACCGCAUCCCACAGCUUGUUAGUGGUAUUUCAGGAAAGGUCAUCCAAGUUUCCUGUGGGGGAGAUCAUACCAUUGUUCUUGCAGAAGAGGAUGUAUAUGCAUUUGGCUUUGGUCAGUUUGGCCAAUUAGGACAUGGCACAUUCAUUUUUGAAUCUUCAUUGCCAAAGGUGAUAGAACAGUUGAAGAAGAAAAAUGUACGGUUUAUUUCAUGUGGAGAGAACCAUACUGCUGUAGUGACAAGCAGUGGUCUUUUGUAUACCUUUGGAGAUGGACGGCAUGGCAAGUUGGGACUUGGAGAAGAGAAUUUUACCAAUCAAUUUAAACCUACACUUUGCUCUAGAUUUUUGAAGUUCAUGGUCCAAUCAGUUGCGUGUGGAGGAUGUCACAUGCUUGUGCUUGCCACACCCAGACCAAAAGGUUCAGAAAGUGUUGUGAUUCAAGAUGAUGACAUAAAUGAGAAUUACUUGACUAAUACUUACUCUAUGACUCUGGGGAAUUCAAGUACUCCAAGUACAUUACGUCGAGCAUUAUCAGCACGUGUUAGACGUCGAGAGCGGGAAUUGUCUCCAGAUAAAUUUGGUCAGCUGGUACGCACACUACCUCCAAUUGGAGCUGGUCUCCUUAAUUCCUCUCUGCCGAUUAGUAGUCAGACAAUUCCUGGAGUGAAAAUUGCUGAAGAAAAGGUCAUUGCCUCAAAACCAGUUAAUGAUGCUCAAAUCAAUGAAGAGUCACCAUCUCCCAACAUAGUUCCAAGGAUCAAGGAGAUCAAACCUGCUGAGAAAAGUUCCGCUGAUGAACAAUCUGAAGAGGAAAAUGAUGAAGGCCUUGGUGACACCACUGAUUUGUUGAACAUGACACAUGCAGUCAUGGUGAAUCCUAAUGAUCAGACCCUGACCUUGUCACCAGUUCACAAGGAACGGAAGGAGAUUCUACAAGAUGAAGAAGUUGAAGAUGAGAAACAUGAAAAAGAGAAUAAUGAAGAAUUGGUUGAGAAUGUGGAUGAGAUGGAUAAUGGUGAAACAAUGGCAAAAGAAGAAUCCAAAUUUGUUAAUGAAAAAGAAAAUGAUUUAAGUGAACAGGUAACAUCAAUUAAUGAAGAAAAUGAAGAAUCGGAAGAAGAUGAACGAGAUGGCCAGAAAAAUGAAGACACAGGAAGUUUAGGAGAAAAUGAAGACUCAAACAGCUUAGGAGGAAAUGAAGACGUGGCAAGUUUAGGAGAAAAUGAAGACUCGGCAAGUUUAGGAGGAAAUGAAGACUCGGCAAGUUUAGGAGGAAAUGAAGACUCGGCAAGUUUGGGAGAAAAUGAAGACUCGGGAAGUUUGGGAGAAAAUGAAGACUCGGCAAGUUUGGGAGAAAAUGAAGAGUUGGCAAGUUUAGGAGAAAAUGAGGACUCAGCAAGUUUAGGAGAAAACAAAGACUCUAGAAGUAUAGGAGAAGAUGAAGAUGCAAGUAUAGGAGAAGAUGAAGAUGCAAGUAUAGGAGAAGAUGAAGAUGCAGAUAUAGGAGAAGACGAAGAUGCAAGUUUAGAAGGAAAUGAAGAAUCAAGCUUAAGAGAAAAUGGAAACGUAGAAAGUUUAGAAGGAAAUGAAGAAGCAGACAGUUUAGGAGAAACUGACACAAAACGUUUGGGGAACGAUGAAGGAGUAGAAAGCACAAAACAUUCGGUAGAAAUUGAAGACACAAAAUAUUCAGGAGAACAUGACACAAAAGUUUCAGGAGAAAAUGAAGACACAAAAGGCCCGGGAGAAACUAAAAAAAUCAUAAAUGAUAAAUUAAAUGGUUUAUUAAAUAUAACCAAAAAUAUGACAUUAUUUAAGGGACAUUUCACCAAAGAUUCUGAAGCAAAGGAAAUGCACAGUAAAACAAAGUUGGAGGGAUCAACCAAAGAAAGCUCAACUGCAGAUGAAAAACGUGCCUCAAAUUUGAACAAUUCUUCAGAAGAUAUUGGAAAUACUGCUUCAUCAAGUCUAAGUAAAACUAAUUCAGUGCGGAGUGUUUUUAAAAACAAAUAUAAAUCAAUUACUUGUGUGUUGGUGUAAAAACCCUACAGUGGCAAGGAAAGGUAAUGUUCCUUUUAAGCAGUUCCCAAGAACAAUUUGCACUUUAAUUAUACGACAAUCCAGAAUGUAGCUUUUUUCUACUUAUGUACAAUUAAUGUGUCCAUAAAAGCAUCAGUGUUAUUAGAAUCAUUGUUUGUGGAGACUUGUAAAGAAACCUUUGAAAGUUAGCAAAUUGAUUUUAUCCUUACAGUGUUUCUCUUAUGGUAAUGGCAUAAUGUUUUAAUAAAUGAUUUCAUCAGGAUAAUGUAAAUGGGUAUAUUUUUGUAUAAACAAACUAUGAUUUGAAUGUUUCAGAACUAUGACUUUAAUGGUGCUUUAAUAUCUUUGUCACUUGCUAGAAAACUUGUAAAAUUUUCAAUGUAAGUAAUUUAAAAGUUUUAUAUCAGCUGUAAAUAGUUUUUCCUAUGUUUGCAAAUGUUGUCCUGAUUAUAAUUUCUUACCAGUACUUUUAACAUAUUAUAUAUAUUAAUGCCAGGUUUUAUCUAUGCAUAUCAAUUUGAGGUCAUACGUAAACUGGAAUUCUCCACAAUUCUUACGCUUUUCAGAAAGUAAACAAUAUAAUGAAACAGAAUAUGACUGUUGAGUGGAAUGAAGUGAUUAAAAAUGGUCUUUUCAUAAUGAAUCAAGCCAUCAUUGGCCUGAUUAAUGACUGGGUUCAAUUUUAAAAUAAGCUGUUAAAUAUUAUAAGACUUCAAGUGCCUUUUAGAAUAACUAUGG